AUGGCACCCAUCAACCCAUUUCACCACCUCGUCAACCGCGCACCUGCCCCUCCUGUCCCCUGUGCCGGCUGCCUCGACCCCUCCAAAGUGAACAACAAAGUCUAUUUCUCGUUGUUCGCCCUCAUNCUUGCAGCCAUCGUCGUCGGCUCCAUCUGGUUCUUCUUCCACGCCAAGAACGGCGGUUUCCACUGGCAAGAAGGCGACUUUGAAGACUGGAAAUCCACCGUGUUGCGCAAGAAAGAUGCAAAUGGAAACACCAUUUACUCAGCGCGCAGUGUGGUUUCCAAACCUAGCAAGGGAGAUCGACUCGCUGCCAAAAGCGUCAUUGGCUUUGAUGANAAAGGCAGAAAGGGAAUUAUGGCUAUCAGAGGCUUUGGAGGUAGUCAUUCCGUCUACUAUUCAGAUGGAUUCACGCAAUACUCUGGUGAUCGCAGUGAUGUGAUGACUUCGGUGAGCCGCAAUGAGAAGAGACAGCCCAAAAUCAGAGGUGGCUACGUGGAGGCGCCAACUACUACUGAUCACUCUCGCCGCUAUCGCGACCGCGAUUUGCGCGAUUACAAACAUGAGAAACCUGCUAGAGUUGGUGGGAUGAAUAGGUCUGCGGAUGGCACGCAGUAUGAUUAUUCAGACCGCAGCGAAACGCUUACCGAAAUCACCGAUACCUCUUCUGCGGCACCUAUCCUGUCUUCUUCUGAGCGCAAACGCCAAAAGGCAGAGAAGAGAGCUGCAGAAGAUGCUGCACGUAUGGAGAGAAAGUGGCGCAAAGAAGCCGAACGCGCAGCCGCCGCACUCGCAAAAGAACAAACCUCUUCUGCUGCUACUCCUUCUGCAUCCAAAAAGACACCUCCACCUUCCAAACCCCAAACGCCAAAGAGUGCAAAGAGAGGACAAAGCAGCCGCAGCCGCUCCAGCAGUCCCAAGAAACAAGCCCCUCCAAGACAAAGAGACUACUCCUUCUCCGGCGCUCCAGACGAAACCAGCACAACCUACACAAGCACCUACACCGCAAGCACCACCAACCGCACAAACAGCAGUUACUACGAUGCUUAUCGUCCUCUGGCUCAACAAGCCUCUCCCGAACAACGUCGCGAACGUAGAGCUUCGUCGAGCAGAAGAAACACCUCUGCAUCGCCCUCUAAGCAACACAGAAGUUCGAGGUAUACGUAUGCGGACAGUGAAGCUACUGCCAGUUCGGACAGGAGCGGAGGUAGAUAUGAGAGGGUUAGAGGUGGUGAGAAGAAGAGUAAGGGUGGUAGAGAUGUGAUGGCUGGAUAUCGCAGGGGAAUGGAUAGUUUGGGAAGUGAUUCUGAGUGA